UCGCCCAUAUAUCGAAAAAUUCAACUCUUUUUAGGGCACACAAGCAUCAGGGAACUCCUGGAAAAAAAACUAGUAUUGAAAAUCGCAACAAAAAUCAAUUAACAUGGUUUCCGAAUAAUUCAAUUUCCCAUUUUUAAGUAGUGGGCCAAGUUGAGGCCCAUUAUACAGAAGACUCCUCCUAACUUUGAUUGAAACUGUUUACUCAGCCCAACCCAAUUCACCAAGCCCAGUCCAAACCUUUGUGUCACAAAAGAAAAAAACUCGUCGGAGAACGGUGCCGGUGAUUACCGAUUUUAAGUUCAACGGCGACGGACAAAACGGGGAAGUGGGAAGAAAUGGUACACGCGCCACCACUAGGAACCAGACACGUCCCCCAGCGUUAAGCAAAGAUAGUUCGUUGGCAGAUAAACUUUUGCCUUUCUCUUUUCAAAAACGUAUCCAAAUUAAAAAAAAAAAUCCAAGAAAAAACCAACUACUCAAUCGAAGCUAGAAAAAAGAGGGCACAAUCGCCUCUCUCUCUCCCUCAUCAGCUCCUCUCUCCCUCUCCCUUUCGCCCUCUAUCCUAGGCGAUCUGGUCCAUCUGUUCCAGGGGUAGGGUUUAUCGCCUUCUUCAAUCCCUUCUUUCUCGUUCAAUUCCGGGGUUUAGUCCAUCAGUCUCAAUUUCAAUCGGUACAUAUUGAUGACUCUGUUUUAAUUUUACUGAAUCUUCUUUUUGGGUUUUGCAGGGAGGGGCUUUUUUCAUGCGCAUAUAGAAGCUGAGAGAUCGGUUCGAGGGGAGUCAAAUUAUCGAUCUUCAGCAGGUUUCUCUGCUGUUUACCCCCUUUCUGUUUACUUUCCUUCUCGAUUUUGAUUAUUUGAAUUUCGAGUGAUUAGCUUGUUGCAGAGUGGUUCUGCGCAAUCAAGGGAUGUUUCUGGGUUUCUUAUGGGGGCUUGUAUGAUGAAUAAAGGCGGAAUUUUUUAGGUUUUAGCUCUCUGAGCUACCGGUGGUUAAUUGGUUGGGGGUGGAGAAGAAAGAGUUGAUGUCCUAUUCUGGUGAAAGUUUUGAUCUUUUUCACGUAAUUUCCUUAGGUGGUUAAUUUAUUCAAGAUGUGGUUAGGUGACUUGCAAUUUGUUUCAAUUAGUAACUUUUAUUUAAUUGAGGAUUUUGGUUGGGAAGAAUCUGAAAUUGACAGUCUGAGCUCCAUCUUCACAGAGUAGUGAUAGACAUUGCAGACUUGUGUUUUUCAGUAUUGUGAGGUUUCGAUUUGUCGGUUGACCCAACCACUUUGGGGGGUUUGAGGAUAUGAUUGAGAAUUAUGACAUACAGCUUUGCAUAAUUUCCCUGGUUCAGUGGAUAUGAGAUUGCUGAGUCAUAGGCUUUACAUUUUGGGAACUGAAAUUUGCCUCAGCUAGAUGAAAUAUCAUGCUUUGGUUAACAUAGGAAUAUGAUUGAAUUGGCUGGUUCAUAUCUUCAAAGUCAUCCCCUUAUUAUUUACUAAUUACUAGUGUCCAGACUUGUGCCUGAAGUUGUGUGAAUUAAGAGUUCUUAUCUUACAUGACUGGUCCAACAUUUAGGAAAUAUAAACUUAGAAUAUAUUUGGAAUUCAUUAUACCUUCUUGUUAUUCUCUUAGGGUACUCAAUGGGUGUCAUCGGGUCCUUUUAUAUUGAUUAUGGACUGUGAAUGCAGCUUAUAAGCAAGACGUAUGGAUUUUUAUAUCCAAGCUCUAAUUGUCAUUUAGCUUCUGAUUCUCUUGUUUGUGAAGGUCAGAUGCCUGUCUUUCUUGCAGUGUAGUUAUACAUCACUUAGACUAGCCGAUGGCGUUAACGUGUCCCACGUUUCCGCCAGCCUUUGUUCAUUUUCUUGUAGCACUUUGUGUAUGAUCUGAGUCAUGUAAUGUAUACCUGAAUCAGUCAUCUUAAUAUAUCUGACAUGGUCAUUGGAUAUUGCAGAAGUGAAAAUGGACCAUGACGAGACAGGCUGCCAAGCUCCUCCAGACCAUCCCAUAUUGUGUGUCAACAACUGCGGCUUUUUCGGAAGUGCUGCAACCAUGAACAUGUGCUCGAAGUGCCACAAGGAUAUCCUGCUAAAAGAGGAGCAAUCCAAGCUUGCUGCAUCAUCAGCAGCGAGUAUCAUGAACGGAACAUCCAUCACCACCCUUGGAAAGGAACCUGUUGUUGCUCCUGCUCCUGCCCCGAUCAUCAAUGUACAAGUCAGUUUGCAAGAGCCAAUGCCAAUCGCGGUGCAGCCGUCUUCUGCUCCAGGUGCGACAGAGAGCAACGAAGAGAAACCGAAGGAGGUGGGGCCUAACAGGUGCAACACCUGCAACAAACGGGUCGGCUUGACUGGGUUCAAAUGUCGAUGUGGGCACAUGUUCUGCGCGAAUCAUCGCUACUCCGACAAACAUGGUUGUGCCUUUGACUACCGCAUGGCUGCACGUGAAGCUAUUGCGAAAGCUAACCCACUUGUGAAGGCGGAGAAGCUCGAAAAGAUCUAGAGAUGGUGGCCGGGGGGAGAUAAUGGAUGUGCUUGUUUUUUCAUCUACUCGGUAUUUCAUCGCCAACUAUCCUACGAAAGGUGUCCGGGUUUAGAGGGAGAAGGGAAAGAGGGCAUCUAUGGCAGCAAGGAAAAGGGCUCUACUAUGAUGUUGUGAUAUUGGCGAUGAUUUAUAUGUUGGCUCUGAGUGUGUGUUGAGUGUUGGAAGUUAGUCACCUUGUGGUGGUUUGGUUGUAGACUUGAUCCAGAUUUGUGAUGUCUCACCGUGUUUCAUAUGGCAUUUUACCGUGGUACUACGUGGCAAAAAAAAAAAAAAAAAAUUCAGAUGUCCAGUCUCUCUAGUAGUUGUAAUGAAAGACUCCUUAAUGGUUUAUGGCCAUUUAUCUUUGCUUAAACUCUGUAAAUUCCAUGGCUCUCUACGACAGACUCCAAAUCCGUCUACCUUUAUCAUUUCUCGUGUAUAAACUCGACCUCGAAUCGUUGUCUGCCCCUAGGUGUUUGGUAUGGAUGACAAUAGUUUAUUCUAGAUCGUAGUCUGUUUCGAACCAUAAGUCGUUUCAUCAGUUAGAAGUAAAGCGAUAUCAAGUUUGGAUGGAAAAGGCAUUGUAUUGUAUCAGAUCCAUCUUCAAUUUACCUUUCAAUCAAGAUUGAACUGGAUCGAUGUCCAUUCUAAUGCAAAUGUUGCUCAACAUGAGAACAUGAACGCAAUAUACGGAGGAAACAAGGGAUGAAAUGAAAGCAUUGUUUAUGU